GAUGCGACAGGCGACGGCGUCAGAGAUCCACUAACUUCUGUACUUGGUCUCCGAGUGGACUGGAAAAAGCCCCGGCGGCUCUCAAACAUGUGAAACUGAAUAUGCCGACCGUCUCAUGUCAGCGAGAGAACAACAGGCAGCUUUCUCACACACCUCUCCCUGUUUGGUCUGUGGUUAUCCUGCCUAACGCUAGCGUUAUUUUUGCUAAUGCCGGUGGUGUAGGUCUUAGCUAACGGUACUACCUGCUAACCGCAUCAACAGGUCGGAGAGUGUGCCGCCAACGCCAGCCGGUGAUCCCGGUAUCAACAAGUGGAUUUACCGCAUGUAGCGCUCUUCAUCAAUGGCCUCCAGAGUUUGGCAGCAUCCUUACGUCAACAUCUUCAAACACAUGCGAGUUGAAGAAUGGAAAAAGUGUUCAAAAGAAGGAGACGUGUCAACAUACAUGGACAAGACACUGAAGUGUUUGGUGUUCCGGAUCAGGGGAUCUGUUCCAGCCAACAACUACAUCCUUGUACCCAAAAGCAGCACUCAGUCCCUGGGACUCACGGGGCGCUACCUCUACCUUCUCUUCAGGCCCAUUCCUGCCAAAUACUUUGUGGUUCACCUGGAUAUUGGUGUUGAGAAGGGUCAGGUGGUCCGAGUCUCCUUUUCCAACAUGUUCAAAGAGUUCAAGUCCACGGCCACAUGGCUGCAGUUUCCCUUCCUGUGUGGGGCUGCAAAGGACUCGGUCUACGAGAGCACCACCAAAUCAGCCAGGCACAAAUUGGUCAGUCCUGCCCCUUCCUCGGUUCGUUGGACCUGUCUGACGAUGGACCUGCAGCACAUCUUAUCAGACUACCUCCACUGUCGACACAGUCACCUGAAGAGCGUCAGGCUCUGUGCCAACAUGGUGGUUAAAAACAUGUUCACCAGCGACUUGCUGCUUGAUCCUGGAGUGUCUUUCAGCGAGGCCAAGCUGCUGGGCCUAGCAUCAUCUCAGGGCACAGGUGCCAUGCCCAGGGAAAUGUCAUUUCCUCUGUCCAAAGGAAGUUGCUGGCAUGACCUUUAUGAUUACAUCAGGUUCCCCACAGAAGGCACAGAACUACCCUUUGACUCCAUUCAGAAAGCCUAUUCCACCCCUGUGUCUAUGUGUGACCUGAUACAAAGGAACCCAGUGAGGGAGGAGCCUCCUACUGUCACCAUCAGCAAGACAGUGCAGGACCGUGUGUCCCUCAUCCACCAGAUCAGCAUGGCAAAACCAGUCCCCAGGAGUCAAUCUCUGUUGGUGACCCAAGUCCCAGAGGUCGGGCUAGUGUCCUCCGGCUCGGAUGUAAAGGACCCUAGAACUGACCCGUACUGCCAUGGAAAUGAGCAGAGCCCCCAGGAGUCACACUGCUCAACGCCCAUGACACCUUCCGCUAUCAAGGAUGGGGGUGUGCAUGUGUAUGUGCACCUGGGGGAUGACCCCAGUGAGGAUAGUGAGGGAGAGGAGAUUGUGUAUACUGCAGCUUCGCCGCCUCGCCCUGUCAACUUUUCUUUGACCAAGGGAGCCAAACGGAGGAAGCUACUUCCAGACCCCAUCCUCAGACUCAACCGAAUCAUCGGCUAUGGAGGAGCCACCACCAAAUAUGCCAUGUGGACCAAAUCAGGUGACACUGUUGUGUAUCCCUGUCACGGCAUUAUCAUCUCCAUGAAGAUCCUGUCUGGAGAGCAGAGGUACUUCAUUGGACACACGGAUAAGGUGUCCGCACUGGCGUUUGACGGCAACACCACUGUGCUAGCCUCAGGUCAGACUGGGAAGCACAGUGUUGUCCGAGUGUGGGACUUCUUCAAAGGCAACUGCCUGACCAUGUUCAGGACCCAUGCUCACUCUCUUUCUUCACUCAGCUUCUCGUACAGUGGUGGUGUUCUGUGUGGCGUCGGUAAGGACAGCCACAGUAAGACGAUGGUGGUCGUGUGGAACACUUCUCAUGUCCAUAGAGGGGGACAGGUAUCAGUCUUGGCCAAAGUGCACACAGAUGUGGACAUCCAGACCAUGAAGGUGGCCUCAUUUGAUGACACACGUAUGGUGUCCUGUGGUCGUGACAAUAUACGACUAUGGCGUGUGCGUAACCAGGCGCUGCGCUCCUGCCCCGUUGACUUGGGUGAGUACCACUCGCUGGAAUUCACUGACUUGGCCUUUGACGAGGGACACCUUGCCGACUGCCUGCCUGAUGACCGCACACUAUUUGUCAGCAGUCGUAGUGGUCACGUUCUGGAGAUUGACUACAGCAGGGUGGUUUUAAAGAACGUCAGGAGGUUGCAGCCGGCACAGCAGAGCAAUGGGCGGCGCCGCAAGAAAUUGACCUUUAACGCAGGUAUCGCCAUCAACAGCAUCUGUGUAUCAUCGGCGUUCUGUGCCACAGGCUCUGAGGACGGCUUCCUGCGACUCUGGCCACUCGACUUUUCCAGUGUCUUCCUGGAGGCUGAACACGAGGGACCUGUGAGCCUGGUGUCAAUCUCAGAUGACGGCCUGCAGGUUCUGGCAGCCACCACCACCGGUAACCUGGGCUACCUGGACAUUAGCAGCCGCGGCUACAACACACUGAUGAGGUCACACACGGACACUGUGCUUGGGUUCAGCAUCGAUGGAGUCCGCCGGCACCUGACCACAGCCUCUCAUGAUGGCACUGUGCGCGUCUGGCACAUGGACUCUCUGCAGCAGCUGUAUGACUUUGUCUCAGAGGACCGGCCCUGUGCAGUGGCGUUCCACCCCAGCCUGCAGGUGUUCUGUUGUGGGUUCAGAACCGGCGCGGUCAGGGUCUUUGACGUCGCCACUGCUAAUCAGCUGGCUGAACACAAACAGCACAGAGGUGAAGUGGUGGGCCUUGCUUUCUCUCCAGAUGGAGAUUCGAUGUUCAGCGCAGGAUCCAUGGGCUCAUUGGUGCUCUAUGAUUCCUCUGAGGAAGACUACCAUGUGGUCAGAAUACUGGGUAAUGUGGUGGCACGCGGUACUGAGCGUGCUCCAUGCACUCUCACGGUGAGCAGUGAUGGCCGCUCUCUGGCUUUUAUUGGGCCCACGGAGUUCAUCGUCACCAUAGCUGAUGCUCAUUCUCUGGAUGAGCUGCUCCGUGUGGAUGUGGGCAUCCUGGAUAUAGAGAGCACCAGUCUGGAUUCUGCCCUGAAAGUCUGCUUCUCCCCGACCUCCUCUGCUCACCUGCUGGUUGCCACCUCCUCUAACAAGAUCCUCUGGGUCAGCACCAAGACAGGCCGUCUGCUCCGACAGGUGUCCAAGGUGCACAAACAGCAGUUCUCCUCGCUGGCGGUGAGUGCUGACGGUCAAUUCCUGCUGACCGCUGGACACGGGGACAUGAAAGUGUGGGAUUAUAACAUGCGGCUGGAUGUCAACUCACAGAUGUUUAGAGGCCACAGUCAGCCAAUCCGUCAGGCUAGCUUCACACCGGACCAGCUGGGAGUAGUCUCCGUGGGAGAUGCCAUAUUCUUCUGGGACUUCCUUGCAGACCCACCAGACUCUAUGACUGAUAGCCACUCACCAGCCAAAGUGUGUUCAAUCUCACCUCCCACAUCAGCACCGAAGACUCGACCGGAGCCAGGCGGGAAUAGAAUACUGCUGUCCAAUGGGAUGCCCCGACAGAUGGCUCCCCUCCCCUCCUCACCCCCGCCGCAGCUGGACAUCAGCCCCAUGGACCAGGCCGACCAAGAAGCUUUGGCUUCCUUGUCUCUCUGUGAUGACCUGGAGCUGUCGCAGUCAGUCCCAGACUCCGCUCCAGGCCCCUCUCGAAACCCAGCGCCUGCUGUCUCCUUCCUCAAAGUCACAGAGCUGACUGCCUCCUCUUCUGCACACAGCAGACAGAACAGAGACAGUGACAAUGAUUUAGUUGACUUAAAGGAAAAGAAGCCUGUACGUCCAGACUGCUAUCGGCACUUUAACCAACGUUUCAAGACCUCUUCCCUCCUUGAGACUGCUGCAGCUCCCCAGCUGGGAGAGGAGGGCUUGAGUUUGAAAGCAGUGAUUGGCUACAAUGGAAAUGGACGCGGUAACAUGGUGUGGAGUCCAGACACAGGCUUGUUUGCAUACUCAUGUGGCUCUGUGCUGGUGAUGGAGAACCUUCACACAGGAAGUCAGAGACAUCUGACAGGCCACUCAGAGGAAAUCUCUUGCCUGGCCAUCACAAAUGAUGCACAGAAACUGGUAUCAGCAGCCGGUGGCAGCAGAGGCUCCAGGAGCCUUAUUUGCAUAUGGAAUGUCCAGAGUGGAACCUGUCAAAACUCCAUCUCCUACCACAGGGGGGCAGUGCAGAGCCUCGCCUAUUCCAGGGACGACAACUUCUUCCUCUCCGUUGGGGACUACUCUGAUCCGGAGGUGGCGCUAUGGAGCAGCAGGACCUUCCAGCUGCUGACCAAUGUUAGUUCAUCAAGCCCUCUUCAUGAAGCUGCAUUCAGCCCCUCAGCAGCCAACCAGCUGGCCUGCGUGGGCAGCCAGGGGGUGCUGUUCUGCCACUUCAGCACCCAGGGUCUAGGCGUAGAAGUCAAGGUCCAGAGGGCGAGCACCCCAGCAGAGGUGGGCGAUGUCGAACUGACUGCACUAUGCUACAACUCCAUGUCUAUCCUUUUCACCGCCACCAACCGAGGACAGGUGUGUGCCUGGGACUGCCACACACAAUGCUGCUUCAUGACCUGGGAGGCUGACCAGGGAGAGAUUGGUGUGCUGUUGUGUCGAGGGAGCCGGCUCUUGACAGGUAGUAACACCCGUCAGCUGCAGCUGUGGAGGGUGGAGGCUGUGCAGGACCUGAGGCCUAGGACAGAAGUCUCCAGCAUGAAGGAUAGCAGGGCCCAGGUGCUGUUGGAGCAGGAAAUAAAGCUAGACGGGACAAUGGUCAGUGCUGCCUUUGAUGGACAGAUGAACAUAGGAAUCGUUGGCACCACAGCAGGCACCCUCUGGUACAUUAACUGGGUGGACAACACAAGCAUCCGUCUCAUCAGUGGACACAAGACCAAGGUGAACGACGUGGUGUUUAGCUCAGACGAGAGUCACUUCGCCACCUGCGGUGAGGACGGCAGCCUGAGGGUGUGGUCGGCUUCCACCAAUGAGCUGCUAGUGCAGUUCCAGGUGCUCAACCAGGGUUGCGGCUGUGUGUGCUGGAGCCCUGCUGCCUUUAGUGGUGAUGCUCGCAUUGCAGCAGGAUAUAGCGAUGGUACCCUGAGGAUCUUCCAACUAGCCUCCUCAGAGAUGGAGAUGAAGCUGCAACCCCACACUGUGCCAGUCACUGCCGUCCAGUACUCUGCCAGUGGUCAUGUGAUCCUCUCAGCAGGGGAGAAUGGGCUGGUGGCAGUGAGCAGCCCUGUGAACGGAAAGACCCUCCGUGUCUUCAAGGACCACAAGGGGGCGAAAGUGUCCACCAUCCAGUGUGUGACCAAACAGUACAAGGAAUUUGGGCUGGAAGGAAACGAGCUGUGGUUGGCUGCCAGUGCUGACAGACGUGUCAGCAUCUGGGCUGCUGAUUGGCUGAAGGACAAAUGUGACCUCCUGGAUUGGCUGACAUUUCCCGCUCCCUCCUACUUCGAGGAAGGUGGUGCACCCCCUCCCAGCCUGGCUUCAUUCUGUCCUACAGACUCUGGCCUCGUGCUCUACACAGGAUAUGCCCUGGAGAAAGAGCUCAUCUUCUACAGCCUGGCUCAAAAACAGGUAAUAAAAAAGGUCGCUCUGCACCACUGGGCAACCUGCUUCAGCGUCAGUGCCAGGGGUCAGCUGAUAGCUGUCGGCUCUAAAGAGCGUGUGCUGAAGCUGAUCCAGUUGACCAGCGGUCGCUUCCAGGACUUCCUGCACCACAGCGACUCCCUGCAGUCAUGUCGCUUCUCCCCUUCUGGCAAGUUCCUUUUCACUGCCGCCUACAACGAGAUCCACUUGUGGGGGGUGAAGAGUCUGUAGGCGCCUCGUUCUGGGGCAGGAACAAUCGUUUGUUUGACUUUGAAGGAUUUGUGACCUGGGAGGAUGUGUGAAAAUGGUUUUAGUGAACAGAAUGACAAAAUGGUUGUAUUUUAAACACCCCCUGCACAAGUGCCUGGACUGAAAUGUGUGUUUUUUUUUUUUUAAUCUUCCUUAGAAUAAUUAGUCUUUUUGUAUUAUAUUAUUUCAUUUUAUGGGUGUUUUAUGAUACUAUAUCUCGUCUGUUGAAUAUUUUUUUUUACAGAACAUUUUUAAUUGAUUUAGGAAGUGUGCUGUUACAUUUUCUGUACUGUUUUUUACAAGAUUGUUUUUUCUCACAUUUCCAGUCACCUACUGGAUGUUUGUAUAGUCCACAUUAUAAAUUAUGUUUAUAUUAAAUAGAUUUAUGUGGUACUUUUGUAAUCUUUUCUUUAAAUUGUUCUAGAUUUCAUCUCUGUAGGUUAACCACCC